AUGAACGGCGAACAGAGCCCCGCCGGCUCCGCGCGCCUUCUGGUUCCGGUGCCUAUCACCCUCUCGCUGUCGUCGGCUCCCGAGCCAUCCCCUGCCACCCUACCACCGGCUGCUGAAUUGAAUGCAUGCCGCCAGCAGCAGUUUCUUCUCAACCGAAAGAUCAGCUGCGAUGCCAUGGAACCAACCAAUGCACGCAUCGCGGACCAGCUCCCGAACUCGGCAAUCCAGCCAACCCAAGUGGAAAAGCCGUUCAAGUUCGCCAGCAACGUCAAACCCGUAUGCAUCCCUGCGGUCCCCAAGGACAACUACAACGCCAACACCGUGGUUGCAGGAUGGGGAGACACUAAGGAAGGUGACGGUGACUCCGGGGGACCACUCAUGACGCUAGGCAACGGGAGGCGCUACGUGCAAGUCGGCAUCGUCUCGUCCGGGGAUGACUGCGCGAAAAUCGACACACCGGGCGUGUACACACGCGUGGAUGCAUUCAUACCCUGGAUUAAGCAGGUCGUGCGCUCCUUGCGCUCCUCGGACAAGGCCUACUCGGAACAAGUGCCUCUACGGCUGGCUUCAUACACCGUACCGCAAUGGCCUUUCUUCUCCGUUCCACUGUGA